CUGGAUGAAUCCAUCUUGGAGGAAUGUCUCCAAUAUUUGGAAAAGCAACUGGAAAGCAGCCAGGCUCGUAAAGCCAUGGAAGAAUUCUUCUCUGAUAGUGGAGAACUUGUGCAGAUCAUGAUGGCAACAGCCAAUGAGAACCUCUCUGCUAAAUUCUGUAACCGAGUUUUGAAAUUCUUCACCAAACUCUUCCAGCUGACUGAGAAGAGCCCUAACCCGAGUCUUCUGCACCUCUGUGGCUCUCUGGCACAGCUGGCCUGCGUGGAGCCUGUGCGUCUCCAGGCCUGGCUCACCCGCAUGACCACAUCGCCUCCCAAAGAUUCUGAUCAGCUGGAUAUGAUUCAGGAGAACCGGCAGCUGUUGCAGUUACUGACUACAUACAUUGUUCGGGAAAACAGCCAAGUUGGAGAAGGUGUGUGUGCUGUGCUUCUGGGUACCCUGAUCCCCAUGGCAACAGAGAUGCUGGCCAAUGGUGAUGGAACUGGUUUCCCCGAACUCAUGGUUGUGAUGGCCACCCUGGCCAGUGCAGGUCAAGGUGCUGGGCAUCUUCAGCUUCAUAAUGCUGCUGUGGACUGGCUAAGUAGAUGGUAAGGUGAUGAAAUUGGA